AUGUCUUCUGACUCACUGCUUCCGCCGCGAGUGUUGGCAGUUGCAAGCCAUGUUGUCUCAGGCAACGUGGGAAAUAAGGUCGCCGUCUUCGUGCUCCAAUCGUUGGGAUUUGACGUCGCUGCCCUGAAUACGGUGCAGUUCAGGACGAGGGCCACGGCACAGGAGAUUAUCGAUCUCUACAACGGCCUGAAGCAGUCGUACCUGGAUGACUUUGACAUGAUGCUCACUGGCUACAUCCCCGGCGCGGAGGGAGUCACGGCGGUGGGAACGAUUGCAAAGGGGCUCAAGGAGAAGUUUCAGAAUUCCCCGGGCAAGUUCUUUUGGGUGCUGGAUCCUGUCAUGGGAGACAACGGAAGGCUAUAUGUGGCGCCGGAAGUUGUGCCCGCGUAUAAGGCUCUUCUCCCAUAUGCGGAUCUGAUACUACCGAAUCAGUUUGAAGCCGAACAACUCUCAGACGUCAAGAUUGUCGACAUGGACAGCCUCACCCAGGCCAUCCAGGUGCUUCAUGACAAAUUCAACAUCCCUCACAUCAUCAUCACCUCCGUCAGCUUCACAACCCCAGACCAUCCGCCCUCGCACCUCACCGUCAUCGGCUCCACCACAACUUCAGAUCGCAAAGCCCGACCCUUCAAGAUCGUCUUCCCGUCCAUAGACUGCUACUUCUGCGGCACCGGCGACAUGUUCGGCGCCCUCAUCACAAGCCGCAUCCGAGAAGCCGCCAACGCCGUUCCCGGCUUGAGCAGCCGCGCCAGCUGGCUCAGCGACGACGACGUCGCGGCGACGGAUCUGCCGCUGGCGAGGGCGGCGGAGAAGGUGCUGGCGAGCAUGCAUCAGGUGUUGACCAAGACGCGAGAUGCGAUGCCCGAGGUGAUGGAGAGGACGUGGGCUUUGCUGCCGCCGGAGGAUCGGAAUGACACGACCAAGGCGCAUUAUGUCAAGUCGAAGGCGGCGGAGCUACAGUUGGUUGCCAACUUGGAUAGCUUGCGAACCCCGAGCGUAUCAUUUUCGGCGACGAAGAUUUAG